GCUGUUCUCAACUUUUAUUUCUGUCUUGCAGAAUGGGGAUGUAUGUAUUUCAAUUCUUCAUCCACCUGUAGAUGACCCACAAAGUGGAGAGCUGCCAUCUGAGAGGUGGAACCCUACCCAAAAUGUCAGGACUAUCUUACUGAGUGUAAUCUCUUUGCUGAAUGAGCCCAACACAUUCUCUCCUGCCAACGUGGAUGCAUCAGUCAUGUUCAGGAAAUGGAGGGACAGUAAAGGGAAAGACAAGGAGUACGCUGAAAUCAUAAGGAAGCAGGUGUUGGCUACCAAAGCCGAGGCAGAGAAGGAUGGCGUGAAGGUCCCCACUACGCUGGCAGAGUACUGCAUCAAAACUAAAGUGCCUUCCAAUGACAACAGUUCAGAUUUGCUUUACGACGACUUGUACGAUGACGACAUUGAUGAUGAAGAUGAGGAGGAGGAGGAUGCCGACUGUUACGAUGAUGAUGAUUCUGGCAACGAGGAGUCGUGACCUGCUCCCUCUAUGCCCCUGUACUGCCCUGCCGACUCAGGCCAGAAGGGAGCAGCGGUAACCUAGCAGCAGUCCAGCAAAAAAGUGUGUGGGGGGGGAUCAAAAAAAAAACUUUUUGUCUCCUGCUGUCUCCUGUUGUAUGGAUCUGUUUGCUCCUUUUUUAUGGACCUCUUAGAGACCCUCCACAGAAUGUCUGAAUUCUUGCAUUCUUAACCCUUUCAUCACUGUAUUAUGAUUUCUUUUUGAAAAAAGAAACCCCUUUUCACUUCUCUACGAAACGCUCACAGCGAAACAGGUUUGCUCGCGUUUAGAUUCUUGAAUUAAAUACAGUCUUGCAUUGAGAUGUUUAAUGUA